ACGAUACACUAUCGCAAUUAUAAUUCGAACGUGUUUAAACGGAGAGUAGCUCAUUUUGACGAAAAAGAAAAUUCAAAAAUAAAAUCAUUACAAUUAUUUUUAUAAAGUCGGAGUAAUAGCCAAAUUGGUUAGUAAGAUAGCGCAAAAGGUGAUCUAAACCAAUUUUUUAAUAGCGAAAAGAAGCUGCAACUCUGCAAGACGGAUCUAAGCCUAAAUGUAGUUAUGCUUAUGCAGAGUAGGCGCACCCCGAUUACAAAUGAUGGCCCCCAUUUAUUGAAUCUAACAACACCAUAAUCAAACGACAAACAACAAACAACUAACAACAAACAAACACCACCAUCAGUCAUCACAAAAACAAAAAUUAAAACUCUUACUCCCAUAGUCCCAUUCCAUCUCCUCCCACCCCCGUGAUCGCUUACUUCAUUCCCCCCAUUCCCAUUCCCGUGACUCCAACAGUUAAUAAAUUUCCAACACUCUGUCUUCCACUUUCUCCCCCCCAUACUUAUUCACACUCACUCCCCAUUAAUCCCCACUCAAAUUCAGCUUUUUUACCGGCCACAUACAAAACCCCCUCAAUCUAAUCAUAUUACGUAGUAUAUCUAAUCUAAUCAACCCAUUUUUGAUUUUCCUAUUCAUAUUCCAAUAUCACACCCUUCCAAAUCCGGCUUAUUUCUCUCACUUAAUUUUAUUCAUAAAUGACAACUCCUUUUACCAGAAAUUCUAUAAAUGCCAACCCAUUUCACUAUUCUUACCCCCAUUUUGAACCCCACCCAAAUAACAACACCAACAAUAACAAUAAUUACAAGAAAAUACUCUUUCUCCUUCUUUCAAUGGCUUCCUCUCUUUUCUUCCUCCUCUUCCUUUCUCUCUCCUCCCUCUCCUCCGCCCACCGCCACCCCCACAACCCCCGUGCUAAAUUCUCCGACAUUCAACCCUCAGUUGCUGCAAUCCGUCAAGCGUGCCGGGCGACCCGGUUUCCUGAUGCGUGUCAAUCCAUGUUAGCGGGUCGGGCUUCGAAGGAUCCGACUCCUGCAGAGAUUAUUCAGUUGGCGUUUCAAGUUUCGACCCAGAAUCUUAAAACGGGUCAGGCUAUGGUCCAGGAGAUUCUAGAGGCUUCGGCCCAUAAUCCUAACCGCUCACGUGCCUCCCAAACGUGUCUUGAGGUUUUGGGGAAUUCUCAGGCUCGGAGCUCUGCUGCGGAGGAUGCUUUGGCACGUGGGAAGCUUAGGGAUGCACGUGCAUGGGGUAGCGCUGCGCUUUCUUAUCAAUAUGACUGUUGGUCAGGUCUCAAGUACGUCAAUGAUUCAGCUGCAGUGAACUCGACGAUGUCGUUUUUCGACACCGUCUUGAUCACAUCAACCAGCAAUGCGCUCAGUAUGCUGCGUGCGCUGGAUGCGCUAGGGCCUGAUCCGGCCUCAUGGACCCCACCUCGUACCGAGCGGGAUGGGUUCUGGGAGCCUGUUGUGUCGGGGUCGGAGUCGGAAACUCUGAAGUUUGGGUCAUUGUCGAGUUCUUUUAAGGAGGCGGAUGCGACAGUGUGUGCUGGAGGAGGGUGUAAGUACGAGAAGUUGCAGGACGCGGUGGAUGGGGCGCCAGAGAAUUUGGAGGGAGGGAAGAAAUAUGUGAUCAAGAUAAAGGAAGGGGUUUAUGAUGAGAUAGUGAGGGUGCCUUUUAAUAAAAAGAAUUUGGUGUUUUUGGGGGAUGGCAUGGGUAAAACUGUCAUUACUGGUUCUUUGAGCACUGGGAUACAGGGGAUCACCACCUAUAAUACUGCUACUGUCGGUGUCCUUGGUGAUGGAUUCAUGGCCAGUGGUCUUACUAUUCAAAAUACAGCAGGACCAGAUGCUCAUCAAGCUGUAGCCUUCCGUUCAGACAGUGACUUCUCUUACGUUGAAAACUGUGAAUUCCUUGGUAACCAAGAUACCAUCUAUGUCCAUGCCCUCCGCCAGCUCUUCAAAUCAUGUCGAAUUGAAGGAAAUGUUGACUUUAUCUUUGGCAAUGCAGCUGCCAUCUUCCAGGACUGCACCAUUCUAGUCCGUCCUCGCCAACUAAAACCUGCGAGUGGUGAGACCAAUGCAAUAUCUGCCCAUGGAAGAACAGACCCAGCCCAAACCACAGGGUUUGCCUUUUUGGGUUGCCAGAUUAAUGGAACCGAGGAGUACAUGAAACUUUACCACAGUAAGCCUAGCAAGCACAAGAAUUACUUAGGGAGGCCAUGGAAGAUGUAUUCUCGUACAGUUUACAUCAACAGCACCAUGGAAGCUCUGAUCACCCCUGCUGGCUGGCUUCCAUGGUCUGGAGAUUUUGCAUUGUCUACUCUCUACUAUGGGGAGGUUGGAAAUACCGGUCCCGGUGCCGAUUUGUCUAACAGAGUUCCUUGGAGUAGACAAAUUCCUGGUGAACACAUCUCCACCUUUUCUGUACAGAAUUUUCUACAAGGUGAUGAGUGGAUUACAACAGCUUCUUGAUUUUGGGGAGCUUUCAAAUUGUUAUUAUUGGAAUAUAGUAGUUGUAGAAAAGAGAAUGUAAUUUCAUCUUACCCUCAUUGUUUGAAGGAUGAAAAUAUCACAGAUUUUGGUGAGACUAGUCCUUUAGCUUGCGGCAUUACUCUAGAGUCUAAGUAUCUCUGCCUGUGUACAUAUAUUUUACAAUGGGAAAAGAAACAGGAAAAACUUUUUAUCCCACCUCAGUCAGUUGUAGAUCAUCUCAAAUAUAUUGAUGGCAGAAAUAUUAAAGAUCUGA